UUAUAAUUAAUUAUUACUCAUAAAAUCUUCAAAUAAAGCAAUGCAAGCAGAAAAUAGAACAAAUUUUGGCUCAAUAUUCAAUAACGAAGCUCCUCAGGAAAGAUUUUUCUUCAACCUGGAGAAAAACGAGGAGGACUCUCCAAGCUCGUAUGAGGUUUUUGCUGACAGCACUCUCUGUGGAACUCACUUUUUAGCUCCUAUUGAGAAUUAUAUGUCUACUAAAGGCAGUUUACCUAGCACAAUUACUGAUUUUAACCCAAACACUAUACUCAUGAAUCCAGUAAAGGAGGAUGGUGACCAGAUAUUCAAAGAUAAUACUUAUUUGGUACAAGAUAGAGCUAAGCCAGCAUUCAAACCCCUUUGUAAUCAGAGACAGAACAUUGGUGGCAUUGAUGAUACUCUAAAUCAGAUCUUCUCAGAACCGAAAAUAAAAGUUCGAUCCCAUAAAUCCAAAGGAAAUCUAGCGGUUAGGAAGGAUGUUGUAAACAAGAACAUUCUUCGGAUUAUCUCUCGAUACUUCAAAGAAAUCUUAGCUGCAAGGUUUCCUUGCUUCAGAAGAUGAGCAAAGAAUCCACAGAGUCUUGAUCAGCUCCUGACUAAAUUUUGCAUGCUGAUCUUUCCACACAAUUUCGAUUCCGACAUGAAAUACACAUUAGGUGCUUUUGUGUUAGGAUCUAAGAUGAAGAUUCUGAAAGAAGCCAGAGAAGAAAAUCCGUUUCUAUUUCAGAAGGCUGAUCACAUCCAUAAGACUCUGUCGAAGUAUACUCAUAAAGAUCUGAGCAUCCUUUUGAACUGGGAUAGAAAGAUCUCCCUUUGGGAGAUCUUUGAUCUAUCCUCAAACCAAAACACGCUGAUAGAUCAAGACAAUGAGAUGAAUAGGACUGAGCUUGAAACUUGCUUCUCAACACCCCAGACCCAAGGAAGGUCAAUUUCAUUGAUCUUCAUGCACUUCUACAGAGAGGGGAUGGACUUUUUCCAUCAGCAAGAUACUGUCCAAAAGCACGAAAAAGUGUAUAUCAGAGCUCUUGAUAAAUUCAGAAAAGAACUAGUAACUGAUUGUUAAAUUUCCAAAUCGUUCUCUGGAUCCUCCUGUGUAUGAGGAGGGUCAUAGAGUCUUUGGAUCGUAAUCGAUUCAUAAUAAUACUAAUUU